AUGUACAGAAAUUAUCUUCCGGUCAUACUCUUUCUGUUCCAUUUGGUUUCCACCAUGCUAUUUCCGAAUCCAAGACGGCAAAAGAUCAACUAUUUUCUUCAGUAUUUUGCUCGUGGAAUGAUUCUUAGCAUGAUGGUCGUGUGCAUGCUACCAGGCAUCUUCAAAAGCAGUUCGUUCUUGCCGAUAGCAUGCACAUUUUUGCCGUUUAUACUGCUGAGUCUGUUUGAACGAAUAUCAGCGAAAAGCGAGAGUAUGAGUGAAGCAGAAAGAUCUACUUUCAUGAAGAAACUGAGCCGCAGACAGAACAUAAUAUUUGUUCUUGCGGUUCUUCUCCACACACUAAGCGAUACGAUUUGCAUUAUGGACGUGCCUGACAUCAACCUGCUGAAGUCUAUGGUGGGAUAUGGCAUACAGAAAUUCUUGGAGUCGUCGCUGAUCGCAAUAUUUAUCCAUUUAACCGAGAUCAGAAUGCCACUCACCUAUUCAAUCGUAUACAUGUACGCAUUGAGUGCUCCAGUAGGAGCACUGCUGGGUAUGUACACUCGAGGACAUACAUCGGUAAACUGUGCAGAUCUCAAAUGUGGUCUGACGGGAGUGUCGUUCGGUCUGCUAUUUUUUAACUUUGUCAGCGAAUUGUUGUCAGGAGGCAUCCAUCACCAGGAUGUUUUACACGGGAAGUAUGAUAGCAUGGGUCUACUUGCAUACGGAUUAGGAUUUUUUGCUAUGACUGUUGCGGGAUAUUCGUUCACAGUUUUAUCGAAGGUUUAA